UCAGUUGUGUUGUUUUCCCGAUCCCAGACUCACAGACAGAAGAUGAUCGAUGAUCUGUUUCCGGGCGGCCUCCCUGCCGCUUCCUAUGCAUACCGGCUGCCCCAGCCCCCUACUCACUUCUCUCGCUUUGCAUGUACACCAAUCGUCAGAAGAAUGCCGCCCUUGUCGUUGGAGUCAUACAAUGCAAUAGGAACGGAAAAGAGCGCAACGGCAUUUCCGAUGUCUUUUGACUAACCUUUUGUAGACUCCCGCAUGGUGUGGCUGCCUAUGGAUCUGAUGUGCGCGGGUUCGGGACGACCCAUCCGUCUCGGUUCGCCUGAACUCGCGAAACCACGUUAUAGACCUGGAGGUGGAACAAGUAGAAGCGCGUCUUUUUUGUUGAAAAGGAUUGCAUACUUGGCGUGCGCUUAUUUCGAUGUUGGAAAUAUGCUGCAUAAACGGAUGCGGGCCAGGUGCCGCCGUUAUGUACAUCUUCAUCGUACUCGGAUGACUUUACGUAUUCUUUGGUCUUAUUUUCUAGAGCCAGACUAUUCACUUUCCAUCGAGUACAGAAGUGCUUCGCAGAUUUGCAGGUAG